AUGUAUAUGCUACCCUGCCGACCGACCCCGUCGAAAUGCACAUCCUUGACAUUCGUGAUUAAACGCCAUAUAUCGCGGGCUGCUUCAAAACACCACGUCCGCAUGCGCGCCCUUGUCUCUUUAUACCACCAGUGCGACACCUUUGUGACUCCCGAAAACCUCUCCCAGAAGAUAGAUGAAGCCUUUGUUCCCCGAACAAAUAAUCUCACCUACAACUCCAACUUCGAGAAACGCAGUUUUGCAGAGCUGAAGAGGUUAGCUGCCGAAAGAGAAGAGGAACCACGCCAUUUCUUCGGAAAGAGCAUGAAGCUGUCUCCCAUUGGCCUAAGGGGAUCGUUGGCAUCUUCAAGCCCCAACAAUGACCAACAAAGAACCGCGAGGGCAACAGAGGCGCUCGUAGGGGUGAGCCGGGAUGGAAAGCCGUCGUGGACUGCAGUCCAAGAGAAUGCACCGAAAAUAGAAAAACAACUACAGGAAGAUCGGAGGCAGGGCGUUUAG